UUGGCCAAUGCGAUAACACUUCCUGUUUCCUGUCUUUUCCGCAGUGCCGGCAUCGCCGUGGGUUUCUAUGGAAAUGGGGAGUCAUGUGAUGGAGCCAACCGCCUGGCGUAUUCUCUACGGCACGCCAACCGCACCGUGGCAGGGGUCGACAAACUGGUGAUGGACAGCGCCCUGUCUCUGAACCAGACAGUGGAGGGAGGUCUGGUCCAGUUGGAGACGGUCUACUCUGACCAGACUGACUACGUGUCCAUCGUCCAGAAGCUCCAGGGUCAGCUGGAUGAGCUGGUCAGACUCAUGGUGGACAUCCCUUUCUGGAGUAACUCUGAGAUCUCCCUAGAAGACCUGGCCUUCAAGACGGAAGCCUUCGACUGGUACAGGUGGCUGGUAUACCUGACUCUGCUGCUGUUUGAUGUUCUGAUCUGUCUGCUGGUUCUGUUCGGACUGAUACGCAACUCUAAAGGCACUCUGAUUGGGGUGUGUUUGUUGGGUGUUCUGACUCUCAUCAUCAGCUGGGGGUCUCUGGGACUGGAGCUGGCAGCUGCCGCGACGGCCAGCGACUUCUGUGUUUCCCCGGAUACCUACAUCACCAGGAUAACCAAGGAGAACGCUGUCAUCAACCAAGAUAUCCUGCAGUAUUACCUGAGGUGCAGCAGUGGCCAAUCAAAUCCUUUCCAGCAUAAGCUGUCUGGCAGUCACAAAGCCCUGGUUGAGAUGCAAGAUGACGUGGCAGAACUCCUACAGUCAGCUAUACGGGAUUACCCCAACACCAAGGGGACUCUGGAACAGAUUCAGACUGUAUUGAACUCUACGGAGGUUGGCCUUCAUCAACUCACCGCUCUGGUUGACUGUCGCAGCCUGCACAUGGACUAUGUCCAGGCUCUAACAGGGUUGUGUUAUGAUGGAGUGGAGGGGCUGAUCUACCUGGUGCUGUUCUCCUUCGUCACAGCUCUCAUGUUCUCUUCCAUCGUCUGCAGUGUGCCACACACCUGGCAGAGCAAGAGGACGGAUGAUGAGGAUGGAGAAGACGAGUCUGCUGCCCAGGGCAAUCGGGGGGCGGGUCCUCAUGAUAACCUGUACCGCGUGCACAUGCCCAGCCUCUACAGCUGUGGUAGCAGCUACGGCAGCGAAGCUAGCAUCCCUGCUACGGCCCACACUGUCAGCAAUGCCCCUGUCACUGAGUACAUGACCCAGAACGCAAACUUUCAGACCCCCAGGUGUGAGAACACGCCUCUGAUUGGCAGGGAAUCCCCUCCACCCUCUGUAAGUGCACACUUUCUAGUACACACUCUACUACAGUAUGCCCCCUCUGAACCCUGAAGGUGUUUUACCUUCGAGGGUCGAAAUACCAUCGCAAAGGUCAUUUUGGCAGCCUGGCUUUUUUAAAUGUAAUAGAUUGUAUUCAAAACAGGUGUUUUAGUCUGACAGAUGAAAAAAGGUGAAAAAAAAAUAUUUUGUCAGUCUCUAAUUCUGAUGUAAACUAUGGUUAGUCUAUUCUGCAUGUCAAAUGGAACCGUAAGACUG